UGACACUAUUUAUGAUUGCAUUCAAUCAGAGUAUUAGUUAAGAGUCUUAACUUAAGACGUUUUAAACAUACGUAACGACUGUCUGUUAAGUGUUUUAUUGCUUCUUAAGACCCAAUAAGACAAUGGCUGACACAUCGUUGUUGAUAUCAUCUGAAUCAAGAUAUGCCAAAUACAUGAUAGCAUCCUUCAGCUCAUGGUUUGGGUCACUGGCGUUGGGAACAGUUGUCGGAUACACCGCUAAUGCCAUUCCAAGUGUUCAAUCAGAGGGAAGUCAUGUCAAGCUCUCCACUAAUCAAAUUUCAUGGUUAGGAAGUCUUAUGGCUUUGGGUGCAGUCUUGGGAAGCAUUUGUGCCGGUUCACUAAUUGAAUACAUUGGACGCAAAGGAACACUAAUAAUGACUUCGAUUCCCUUUGUCUUCGGUUGGCUUCUGAUGGCAUAUGCGGGACGUAUGGAGUCUCCGUCAGCCAUACUGAUCGGUCGAUUUAUUACUGGUUACUGUUGUGGUCUGAUAUCACUGACAGCUCCUGUAUAUAUAGCAGAGACGGCCGAUCCAUCCAAAAGAGGAUUUUUAGGCUCAGGUUUUCAAUUAUCCAUUUGCGUCGGUGUUCUCAUAUCGUUCAUCGCUGGCAAAUACGUCUCGUGGGCCUACCUUUGCAUUAUAAGCUCUAUAUUCCCGAUAAUUAUGUUAAUAAUGAUGUGUUUAAUGCCGGAAACGCCUUAUUGGCUCAUCAAAAGAGGCCGAAUCUCAGAGGCCACUGAAGCAAAUAUAUUUCUUCAUGGAUUAGAUUCGAGUCAACAAAUGAAUGCCGAAGUAUCGAUAAAUACGGUCUCAACUGAUGGCACGACAACAGAAGAGAACAAAUCGUCUGUCUUUUUAGAGUUCAAAAGACGUCAUGUGAUAAAACCAUUUCUAUUAGUAUUGGCUUUGAUGUUCUUUCAGCAAUCUUCUGGUGUCAAUGCGUUGAUCUUUUACACCACUUAUAUAUUCAAAAGCAGUGGUUCCCAUUCACUCGAUGCCAGUGAUGCUACUAUUCUUGUCGGUGCUGUUCAAGUUGUGGCAGCAUUUGCUGCCUGUUUAUUGACUGACAGAGCCGGUAGAAAACCACUUAUUUUAUUAUCAUCUGUUGGUUGCGGUCUUUCACUGCUAUUAUUAUCAAUAUAUCAUUUCUUAUGUGAUGCAAAAGGAAGUGAAUUUCAAAAGCUUUAUGGAUGGAUACCAGUGGUGGCAUUGAUCACAUUUAUGGUAGCCUUUUCGUUGGGUUUGGGACCCAUACCAUGGCUACUGAUGAGCGAACUAUUGCCGGCAAACGUUAAGAGUGUGGCUUCUGGUCUGUGUUCAUCAUAUAACUGGUUGUUUGCGUUUAUUAUAACUAAAUUGUUUCAUACAUUAAUUGAUACACUACUGGAAAGCGGCACUUAUUUAUUGUUUUCAAUCCUUUGCUUUUGUUGUACAGUAUUUGUUGCUUUACUUUUGCCCGAAACUAAAGGCAAAUCUUUGACCGAAAUUGAGAAUAUAUUCAGAGAUCGCACGACAACAACAAUCAACUGAAUUUCAUAAUUAUAUUAUUACUACAAAUUUAAUCACCAAUUUGUGAUCACAAGUUGCUUAUUAGUC